AUGGCGUCCAUGGUCACGCCUUUCGUGCCGUCGCCGGGCACGGACCGCGUGAGCCGCUCCAACCCGGGCGCGUGGCUCAUCCUCCGCCCCGCGGGCGACGGCGCCUGGGAGCCCUGGGCGCGCCUCGAGUGCUGGCGCGAGCGCGGCGGCGCCGGCGCGUCCGACAGCCUGGGCUACCACUUCGACCUCCUGGUCCCCGGCGCGGACCACGCCGUCGCACUCGCCGACUCCUCCAUCCCCUCGUCCAAGGGCGGCAAGUUCGCCAUCGACCUGACCGCCGCGCAGCCGCUCAGCCGGGGGGGCACGCCCGGGUGCAGCCCGAGAGGCAGCGGCGACCUGAGCAACUGGCCCCUGGGCAACUACCGCGGCUUCGUCAUGUCCGCCGCGGUCCAGGGCGAGGGCCGGUGCAGCAAGCCGACGGUCGAGGUCGGGGUGGCGCACGUCGGGUGCGCCGAGGACGCGGCUGCGUUCGUGGCCCUCGCGGCGGCCGUGGACCUGAGCAUGGACGCGUGCAGGCUCUUCUCCCACCGACUGAGGAAGGAGCUCUCGCACCUGCGGGCCGACCUACUCCGGUGA